GUCAACAUGUGCAGAGUUUUCAAUACAAACUAAUUCUGCUUUUUCCUGCUUUUUUUUUUUUUUUUUUUUGCUUGAUUUUGUUCUUGAACAACUUGCGUCCUCACAGAAACGAACAACCUAUAAACCGUAUCUAAUACAGGAGGAACCUGGCGUACGUGCUUUUUAUAUGACUUUUCUUUCUUGCCAUGCUAACUUGCUAACCCCAACAGCCACCAAAACACUUCAUCAUCAUGGCUAAUGAGAAUGUGAUUAUUGUUUCACCGGCUGAAAAUAAAGAGCAGAAGGAGGACAGUGAAAGCACGGUAGAAACAAUUAAAAACGCCUCCUCAGAGACCCAAUGUCUGUCUAAAAGGCAAAGAAAGAAACUUCUGAGACAAAAGAAAUGGGAAGAAGAGAGAGAACUGCGAAAACAAAAGAGAAAGGACAGAAAGCAACAGCGUCGGCUCCAAAGGCAAAACAAUCAGGAUGAGGAGAGGACAGACGCUGACAGAAAUCCCAGGAAAAGGCUGCGAAAAGAAGUGACCCGCAGCUCUGUCAGGCUGGUGGUGGACUGCAGCUUUGACAGUCUGAUGCUUUUGAAGGAUGUCAGAAAACUUCACAAACAGAUCCAGCGGUGUUACGCUACGAACAGACGAGCCCCACAUCCAGUCCAAUUCAUAGUGACAAGCUUGGGUGGACAGCUGAAACAGAGCAUGGACGAAAAGGACAAAGGAUGGGUCAACUGGAAGGACAUCUCUUUCAAAUCAGAGCACUACAGUGAAGUUGUGGCCAAAGAGGACCUGGUGUACCUCACUUCAGACUCUCCAAACGUGUUGACAGAACUGGACCAAAACAAGGCCUAUGUCAUAGGAGGCCUGGUGGACCACAACCACCAUAAGGGUAUUACUUUUGAGAAGGCAAAGGAGCUUGGGAUUGCUCAUGCUCAGCUUCCACUCAGCAGUUUUGUAAAGAUGAACAGCCGCAAAGUCCUGGCUGUCAACCAUGUGUUUGAGAUCAUCCUGUCGUAUUUGGAGAAGGGUAACUGGCAAGACGCCUUCUUUACAGUCCUACCACAGAGGAAAGGAGCUGUGGCUCUGGACCAGGACGGAACAGGAGCCCAGGACCAAGAUGAGCAAGCAGAGGAAGAGGAACAAGAAUCGGACUCAGAUUCUGAUGAAGAGGCACCUCUACAGACAGAGAAAAACACAGAGGGCACAUCGAGCUAACCAAAUAAACAAAAUGAAAAAGUGGACUUUGACUGAAGCAUUUUGGGUUAAAUUAAGAAGAUUGAUGGCUUUUCUUGGAUAUUGAACUUUAUUUUUUACACUCUUAUUUAUUUUAAAUGUUCAGCUUGACCUGAGCAGCAACAAAUCAGUUCACACCCCAUUUUCUGAUGCUUAGUUGAAUAAGCACUUUUCAUAAAACAGUGUUCAAUAUUUUGGAUCAUUAUUCAUUGUGAAAUCAUUUUCAGGGGUUAUCAGAAUAAAAGGAGGCUUAUACGUGA